CCCACCCCCUCAUCGAACCCUCUUCUCGUGUAUCCAACACCCACCUACUCCUUGAAGGCCGGCUCUAACCCGACGUUCCUCAGCCCCAAGUGCCGCACAAGGUCGAAGUCGACCGUGCUAUCGAUAAGCUCUGAGCGAUACUCAACUGCCCGACCCAUAUUAUUCCAGGUUUUUUGGGGUACUCCUUACGGCGAUAUCACCAGGACGAGAGAUGGAACCUCCCCCUUUCGUAGCGUCGGACGAUCCCUGUGCUGGUGCCGACCGUGCAGGAGGCACGGAACCUCCCCGUAAUGUCAGCGUCUCCAUGUACGUCCGCGAGAUAGUGUCCGGAGCGUGCGCUGUCUUUGAAGAGGCGCCAGCGGUUGGCCUCGUCUGCAAGACCUUGCUCUCUCUGGAAAGGCUUGUGUUUACAGCCAAGGGCAACCGCAAAGAAUUGGCCGUGCUGCUCGAGCUGUGCGACGUGGUCACCAGGGGCGCUCUCAACCAGUGGGUGAUGGCCUCCGCCGAUGGCCCCGGCGUCUCGGAAGGCGCGGCGGCGCUGCGGAGGCACGUGGAGGGCGCCAAGAGGGUGGCUGCGAUGUGCAACAAGGGCAAGAUCGCGAGGUUCGCUCUGGGUAGAAAGAUAUCCCGAUCGAUCGUGUCCGUCAAGACCAACGUCGUCAACUUCGCCACCGUCCACAACCUGUCGCUCAGUGCAGGCCUUCAUGUCAAACUUGCAGACAUGGAAAAGGAGUUAGCAGCCAAGGAGAGAGAGAGGCAGCAAGCCUUGGAUGCGGCCGCAAAAAAGGCUUCUGCUGAUGCCGCCUUGGGUAGCCAGUACCGAGUCGUGGGCUUAGUGAAGAGGCUGGGAUCGUCGGCUUCCGAGCGAGCCCUAAGCGUGCUGGACUGGUGCGACUUCCAGCGGCAAUCGUCGUCUUCGAUGGUGAAGGCCUGCGGCAAACGAUUCCGCAGCGGUAGGCCGGAGCUGUACCUGAUGGGCGGCGUGCUCCUGGCGACGGCGGCGGCGGCGGCUUGCGGCCAACACGGCCUCCUCAAGAGGCGACCGUCGUGAUUGAAAGAUAUAUUGUAGCAUGGAAAUAGUGGUGACUUCGAGUGUGAGCUGUUCGGACUUGGGAGACCGCAGCUGGCAGCGGGCAGCUGAUUUGCACCAGCACGUGCUUUACUUUCAUCUUGCAUCGCGCCUUGAUAACAAUACUGCUUUGCUUUGUUGAGCCCACUCCGGAGGCGCUAAUUGUAAAAUAGUGAUCACGUUUGUGUUGGAUUUUGGAGCCCAAGCUAUGUAGUACCGCUCUGUCCACGCGGCUGGUCCGCCCGCGGGUGGACGGAUGGGGGAAGAAACAGCCUGUCUUGCGCCAUUUUUUCCACUUUUCGUUGGUGGUGCGAUGAUCGUGAUGUUUUGUCGAAACACGAGGGUGUUCUCCAAGAUUUUCAUAAAAUAGGUAAGUUUUGUGCAGGUAUGCAUUGAACCGUUCUGUGAGUGUGUGUCGGUGAUUUUUUGCUGUUUGCUGUUGGAUCUCUCAUGAUGUGCGCAAUUUUUAUCUGUGUCUUGUGUUCGUUUGACCACGCUUGCUUGCGCACCAGGCCGUGGCAGGCGGGGAUAUCGAUCCAAAAACAAUCGAGAAACGUUUUGCAUGAAUCCAUGAAGAAGUGAGGGUUCCUUGUUUAAUUUUUUGGGUGUGAGAAUGAAAUUGGAAUGAAGUGGCUGAAGAGUCGCACGCUCCCAAAGUCGUGUCUUAUUCAGAGGGUAUGCAAGCCCCUCGUCCUCGCGCGGUGUCUGAAAAACCGCAAAAUAAGUACAGCAGUGUGAGCAGUAAAAAAAGGAAGUGUUUUUGAAAAGAUAAUGGGCGGUGUUGUCGUGCGUGGGGCUCCGGAGGUCGUUCUCUUGAAAGAAACACCUUUCAUUUAGGAAUGGAUGUAUAUGCGUGAAGUCACCGAAACAAUGAAAAAAUGGCCGAAAGC